AUUUAUUAUGCUGAUGUCUUCAGAUCUGCUGUAAAUUGACACUUAAAGCUCAUUUCAUUGCUGUCAACAGACUGAUGGGAUUUGAUGACUACAGAUAUGUAGGUUUAUUUCUGUGUUUAUGUUAAUAUGUAAGUGAAGCUCCUCCCAAAGCAGUCACAUCAUCAGUGAAGCUCCUCCCACAACAGUUCCCCCAUAAAUGGGAAGAGCUGAAAUCUGUUUUAUUAAAGUUCAUUCAAGAGGACAGUGAGAACAUGAGUGAUCCAGAACCCUGCAGAAUGAAACACACUGAAGAUACUGAAGAACAAAGAGAGCUGAUGGAAGAGGGCGAGGAGAGUGAAGAACUGAGUGAAGUGGAGGAGAAACAUCAUGACAAACCUGGAAAAAAACCUUUGAGUCGCUCAAAGAAUAAAAAGACAUUUUUAAAGAAAAGAAGAGACAAGAAAUCUACAACCUGCACUCAGUGUGGAAAGAGUUUCUCAACUGAACAAAGUCUUGAGCGUCACAUGAGAGUUCAUACCAGAGAGAAGCCGUUCUCAUGUGAUCAGUGUGGAAAGAGCUUCACACAGAAAAUACAUCUUAAGAGACACAUGUUGAUCCACACUGGAGAGAAGCCAUUCACUUGUGUUCAAUGUGGGAAGAGCUUCACAAACAAACAUCAUCUUGAGAUUCACAUGAGAGUUCAUACUGGAGAGAAGCUGUUCACAUGUGGUCAGUGCGGGACGAGUUUCACACACAAACAAAGUCUUGAGCUUCACAUAAGGAUCCACACUGGGGAGAAGCCAUUUACAUGUGAUCAGUGUGAAAAGAGAUUCUCAAGCAAACAAAGUCUUGAGAUUCACAUGAGAGUUCAUACUGGAGAGAAGCCGUUCACAUGUGAUCAGUGCGGCAAAACAUUUCUUGGGUCAUCAGACCUGAAGAGACACCUGAGAGUUCAUACGAAGGAGAAGCCACAUUCAUGUUCUGUGUGUGGAAAGAGUUUUUCACUGCCGUGUAGUUUAAAGGAACAUGAGAAAAUACACACUGGUGUGAGAGAGUACAUGUGCUUUCAGUGUGAGAAGACUUUUAUUACAUCAAACCAAUUAAAACGGCACCAGAGAAUUCACACUGGAGAAAAACCUUACAUGUGUUCACACUGUGACAAGAGAUUCAGUCAGUCAUCAAAUCUGAAAGCACAUGAGAGGAUCCACACUGGAGAGAAGCCGCACACGUGUGAUCAGUGUGGAAAGAGUUUCUCUAUUAAAAGUGACCUGAAGAAACACAUGAAGAUCCAUGCAGUGGAGAAACCACAUCACCGCAGUCUGAGAUCACAACCUGAUGGACAUGAACCAGAAAGGAAAAACAAACCAAAAAACGCAUAUGCUCUAAGUAUGAGUGAUCCAGAACCCUGCAGAAUGAAACACACUGAAGAUACUGAAGAACAAAGAGACCUGAUGGAAGUGAAGGAGGAGAGUGAAGAACUGAGUGAAGUGGAGGAGAAACAUCAUGUCAAAUCUGAAGAAAAACCUUUGAGUCGCUCAAAGAAUAAAAAGACAUUUUUAAAGAAAAAAAGAGCAAAGAAAUCUACAACCUGCACUCAGUGUGGAAAGAGUUUCUCAACAAAACAAAGUCUUGAGCGUCACAUGAAAGAUCACACUGGAGAGAAGCCGUACACAUGUGAUCAGUGUGAGAAGAGUUUCACAAAAAAAAUACAUCUUAAGAGACACAUGUUGAUCCACACUGGAGAGAAGCCAUUCACUUGUGUUCAAUGUGGGAAGAGUUUCACAAACAAACAUCAUCUGGAGAUUCACAUGAGAGUUCAUACUGGAGAAAAGCCGUUCACAUGUGAUCAAUGUGGGACGAGUUUCACACAGAAACAAAGUCUUGAGCUUCACAUAAAGAUCCACACCGGAGAAAAGCCGUUCACAUGUGAUCAAUGUGGGAAGAGUUUCAGUCAAUCAUCAAACCUUAAAAAACACCUGAUGAUCCACACCGGAGAGAAGCCAUUCACAUGUGAUCAAUGUGGCAAAACAUUUCUUGGGUCAUCAGACCUGAAGAGACACCUGAGAGUUCAUACGAAGGAGAAGCCACAUUCAUGUUCUGUGUGUGGAAAGAGUUUUUCACUGCCGUGUAGUUUAAAGGAACAUCAGAAAACUCACACUGGUAUAAGAGAGUACAUGUGCUUUGAGUGUGAGAAGACUUUUAUUACAUCAAACCAUUUAAAACAGCACCAGAGAAUUCACACUGGAGAAAAACCUUACAAGUGCUCACACUGUGACAAGAGAUUCAGUCAGUCAUCAUCUCUGAAAAGACAUGAGAGGAUCCACACUGGAGAAAAACCUUUCAAGUGUUCACACUGUGACAAGAGAUUCAGUCGGUCAUCAUCUCUGAAUAACCAUGAGAGGAUCCACACUGGAGAAAAACCUCACAAGUGUUCACACUGUGACAAGAGAUUCAAUCAGUCAUCAUCUCUGAAAACACAUGAGAAGAUCCACACUGGAGAAAAACUUCACAAGUGUUCACACUGUGACAAGAGAUUCAGUCAGUCAUCAUCUCUGAAUAACCAUGAGAGGAUCCACACUGGAGAAAAACCUCACAAGUGUUCACACUGUGACAAGAGAUUCAAUCAGUCAUCAUCUCUGAAAACACAUGAGAAGAUCCACACUGGAGAGAAGCCGCACACGUGUGAUCAGUGUGGAAAGAGUUUCACUAUUAAAAGUCACCUGAAGAUACACAUGAGAGUUCAUACUGGAGAGAAGCCAUUCACAUGUGAUCAGUGUGGAAAGAGUUUCAGUCAAUCAUCGCACCUUAAAGAACACAUGAGGAUCCACACCGGAGAGAAGCCGUUCACAUGUGAUCAAUGUGGCAAAACAUUUGUUGGGUCAUCAAACCUGAAGAAACACCUGACAGUUCAUAUGAAGGAGAAGCCACAUUCAUGUUCUGUGUGUGGAAAGAGUUUUUCACGGCUGCAAAAAUUACAUGAACAUCAGAAAAUACACACUGGUGUGAGAGAGUACAUGUGCUUUGAGUGUGAGAAGACUUUUACUACAGCGACCAAUUUAGAACGACACCAGAGGAUCCACACUGGAGAAAAACCUUACAAGUGUUCACACUGUGACAAGAGAUUCAGUCAGUCAGCAAAUCUGAAAACACAUGAGAUGAUCCACACUGGAGAAAAACCUUACAAGUGUUCACACUGUGACAAGAGAUUCAAUCAGUCAACAGAUCUGAAAAGACAUGAGAUGAUCCACACUGGAGAGAAGCCGCACACGUGUGAUCAGUGUGGAAAGAGUUUCACUAUUAAAAGUCACCUGAAGAAACACAGGAAAGUUCACUCUGGAGAUAAGCCGUUCACAUGUGAUCAAUGUGGGAAGAGGUUCAGUCAAUCAUCACACCUUAAAGAACACAAGAAGAUCCACACUGGAGACAGACCUUUCACAUGUGUUCAAUGUGGGAAGAGCUUCACGCAAUCAUCACACCUUAAAGAACAUGUGAGGAUCCACACCGGAGUGAAGCCUUUCACAUGUAAUGAAUGCAGCAAAACAUUUCUCUGGGCAUCAAACCUGAAGAAACACCUGACAGUUCAUACGAAGGAGAAGCCACAUUCAUGUUCUGUGUGUGGAAAGAGUUUUUCACUGCUGAAAUAUUUACAUGAACAUCAGAAAAUUCAUACUGGUGUGAGAGAGUAUGUGUGCUUUGAGUGUGAGAAGACUUUUACUACAGCAAAAGAUUUAAAACAGCACCAGAGAAUUCACACUGGAGAAAAACCUUACAAGUGUUCACACUGUGACAAGAGAUUCAGUCGGUUAGCACAUCUGAAAAGACAUGAGAGGAUCCACACUGGAGAAAAACCUUACAACUGUUCACACUGUGACAAGAGAUUCAGUCAGUCAGCAAAUCUGAAAGCACAUGAGAUGAUCCACACUGGAGAAAAACCUUACAAGUGUUCACACUGUGACAAGAGAUUUAAUCAGUCAUCAUAUCUGAAAACACAUGAGAGGAUCCACAGUGGAAAUAAGCCACACACCUGCACUCAGUGUGGAAAGAGUUUCACAAAGAAAUCUUGUCUAGAGCUUCACAUGAGAGUUCAUACUGGAGAGAAGCCAUUCACAUGUGAUCAAUGUGGGAAGAGCUUCACACAAAAAGUACAUCUUGAUGUUCACAUGACAGUUCACACAGGAGAGAAGCCGCACACAUGUGAUCAAUGUGGGAAGAGUUUCAGUCAAUCAUCAACCCUUAAAGAACACAUGAAGAUCCACACUGGAGAGAAGCCGUUUACAUGUAAUCAAUGUGGGAAGAGCUUCAGUCACUCAUCAACCCUUAGAGAACACAUGAGGAUCCAUACCGGAGCGAGACUGUUCACAUGUGAUCAAUGUGGGAAGAGUUUCAAUCAGUCAUCGUACCUUAAAAAACACAUGAUGAUCCAUACUGGAGAGAGACCGUACACAUGUGAUCAAUGUGGGAAGAGUUUCACGCGAUCACAACACCUUAAAGACCACAUGAGGAUCCACUCCGGAACGAGACCGUUCAUAUGUCAUCAAUGCGGCAAAACAUUUCUUCUGGAAUCAGCUCUGAAGACACACCUGAGAGUUCAUACGAAGGAGAAGCCACAUUCAUGUUCUGUGUGUGGAAAGAGUUUUUCACUGCUGCAAUAUUUAAAUGUGCAUCAGAAAACACACACUGGUGUGAGAGAGUACAUGUGCUUUGAGUGUGAGAAGAGUUUUACUAUAGCAAACAGUUUAAAACUGCACCAGAGAAUUCACACUGGAGAAAAACCUUACAAGUGUUCACACUGUGACAAGAGAUUCAGUCGGUUAGCACAUCUGAAAACACAUGAGAUGAUCCACACUGGAGAAAAACCUUACAAGUGUUCACACUGUGACAAGAGAUUUAGUCAGUCAUCAUAUCUGAAAACACAUGAGAAGAUCCACAAUCACAACAAAAAAAUGAAGGAGGAGAGUGAAGAACUGAGUGAAACUAAAAAGACAUUUUUAAAGAAAAGAAGAGACAAGAAAUCUACAACCUGCACUCAGUGUGGAAAGAGUUUCUCAACAAAACAAAAUCUUGAGCGUCACAUGAGAAUUCACACUGGAGAGAAGCCGUUCACAUGUGAUCAAUGUGGGAAGAGCUUCACGCGAUCAUCACACCUUAAAGAACACAUGAAGAUCCAUGCUGGAGUGAGACUGUUCACAUGUGAUCAAUGUGGUAAAACAUUUACUCAGUCAAUAAACCUGAAGACACACCUCAGAGUUCAUACGAAGGAGAAGCCAUAUUCAUGUUCUGUGUGUGGAAAGAGUUUUUCACUGCUGUGUAGUUUACAUGAACAUGAGAAAAUACACACUGGUGUGAGAGAGUACAUGUGCUUUGAUUGUGAGAAGACUUUUACUAAAGCAAACUAUUUAAAACUGCACCAGAGAAUUCACACUGGAGAAAAACCUUACAAGUGUUCACACUGUGACAAGAGAUUCAAUCAGUCAUCAAAUCUGAAAAGACACGAGAUGAUCCACAGCAGAGAGAAGCCACACACGUGUGAUCAGUGUGGAAAGGGUUUCACUACUAAAAGUCACCUGAAGAUACACAUGAAGAUCCAUGCAGUGCAGAAACCACAUCACCACAGUCUGAAAUCAUGAUAAGUAAUUCAUCUUUAUGUUCUGAGAAGAGACACAGAAGAGAUCUCUAUAUGAAUCUGCUAUAUAAAUGCUUCAUUCAUUCAUUCAUUUAUUCAUAGUUAGCCGUUUCUCAAUAUGCGUUCUUGUCUGUUCUUGUGAAAUUCAUCAGCUGCUACCCAAGUACUGAUCUAAUUCAAAGUUCACAUCUAGCCAAAGAAAAUAUCAAAUCCCCGGACGUGUUCUUGAUCCUUCUUGAUCCUUUUAUCGAUCCUUACCGUCUUACCUCGGCUAGUCCUUCUGAUGAUUGCCACUGGCUCUGAUGCCUCUGUAAUGGUUACACAUGAGAUAUAAUUCAUCUUUUGUAUAUAUAACAGGUGAUCUUUGGUCAUGAAUCUAUAAUUUGUUGAAGUGAAAGUGAAGUUUCAUAACUUUACCGUUGUAGCCUACUGGAGCACUGACUUUGUGCGUUUGACUGAAUUGUUUGCUUUAUUUCUUAUUGUAGCUUCUUAUACCUUUUGCUUAUACUUUUAUAAUGGUUAUUAUUGAUCAUUAAAACUGUCAUUUAACAAAAAGAAACAGUGUUGUGUUUUAUGUUUGCAGACUAUAUGCACAUGUUACCUGAACCACAUAUGUUUAAAGUCUGUGUGAACCGGAAGUUGAAAAUGACUUUUCUCCAGUGUUGUGACGUAUU